AUGAUGCAAGAAUUGUGGCUUUUGCGUGUGGACUGGGACGAGUCAGUCCCUCAAAAUCUUCACUCAGCUUGGAAAACAUUUAUUCAAGAUCUUACAACGCUUUCAUCGGUUAAGGUGCCGAGGUACUGCCUAUCCAUAAACUAUCAACAGGUUGAUGUACACGGUUUCUGUGACGCUUCAAUACGCGCAUAUGGUUGCUGUAUAUUUCUCCGAUCACAAAACACAUCAGGUAAGGUGACGGUCAGGCUAUUCACUGCAAAAUCCCGUGUGGCACCUAUAAAGCGGAAGUCGCUACCUAAACUAGAACUCUGUGGUGCCUUACUUCUUGCCAAACUGUAUCAGAAGGUCCAACCAAUAUUUGCGCAAUUUAAGGGUGAAACGUUUUUUUGGACUGAUUCACAGAUUGUAUUACAUUGGUUGAAGCAGCACUCAUCAACCCUGUCUGCAUUCGUUGGCAAUCGAGUAGCGGAAAUUCAAGAUAUUACCGCAAAUGGGCAAUGGAGACACGUUCCUACCCAAUCCAACCCGGCAGAUGUUGUGUCGCGCGGCUGUAACAUCCGCCAAUUAUCAGAGUCUUGUUGGUUUACGGGGCCGGAAUUUUUGUUACUCGCUGAUAAAUACUGGCCGCAUUUGAAAUGUCACAACCUGGAUAUGGAAGAAGUCAAUAAAGAGACGCGAAAGGUUGUAUUCGUUAACACAAAUGAAGACAACUACGUAUUACAGGUAUUGUCAAGAUAUAGUUCAUACACUAAGAUGCUACGAGUAAUAGCGCAGGUACAGCGUUUUUAUCAUGUAACCAAGAAUAAAUUGAAGAACGGAGAAUGUACCCUCCAACCUAUUCAGCUACAAAAGGCAUUGCACUGUAUUAUUUGGGUCAUCCAACAGCAAUUCUUCGAAAUUGAUAUACAACGCCUACAACGAGGGAACCCAGCCGAAGGUACAUUAAAGCAUCUAAAUCCCUUCCUGGACAAUGUAUUCGGUUAUCAAUUACUAAAGGUGGGAGGUCGCCUCGAGCUGAGUGACAUCUCAGUAGGCCAACGUCACCCUAUUUUGUUGCCGAAGGGCUGUUAUUUUGUGGAACUUUAUGUUCGGCAUAUACACUUGUGCAACUAUCAUGCAGGCGCAAAAGCACUAAUUGCCCUUACUCGACUAAACUUCUGGAUAAUUAAUAUUCGAGAAAUUGCACGCCGAGUCGUGCACUCGUGUAUUCACUGCGUGCGUUAUAAACCCAAACUACUUAAUCAAAUGAUGGGUAAUCUCCCAAUCGAACGCCUCACUCCAAGUCGUCCUUUCGCGCGUACUGCGGUAGAUUUUUGCGGUCCGAUAUUAACGUAUCUCCGAAUUCGGGGACGGGUUCCAUAUAAGACCUAUAUAGCCGUGUUCGUUUGUUUGUCUACAAAGGCAGCUCAUCUAGAAGCCGUGUCAGACUUAUCUACGGAGGCAUUUAUUGCAGCACUGAAAAGGUUAAUCGGUAGACGAGGGUUACCAUCAGACAUCUAUUGCGAUAACGCCACAAACUUCGUUGGGGCUAACAACAAACUAGCAGAGUUAAAAAGGAUGUUUUUCGAGAAGUCUAAUCAAGUGAUGCUGCAGACCCUUUGCAGCAACCAAUUCAUAAAUUUCAAUUUUAUACCGCCCCGAGCACCUCACUUUGGAGGUCUAUGGGAAGCGGCUGUAAAAAGCGCGAAAGGCCAUCUGUAUCGAACACUAUCAAAUACUCGAUUCACCUUUGAGGAGCUUGGAACAGCACUGAUUGAAAUCGAAGCCAUCUUAAAUUCGCGACCAAUCACACCUCAUUCUUGUGACCCGAGCGAUUACGAAGCGCUAACGCCGGCACAUUUUCUUAUCGGUGGGCCGCUCAAAACUUUAUCUGAACCAAGUCCUCAGUAUGAAGCUGCUUCAUUAAUUGAUAAAUGGUCUCGUAUAACCGCGGUCAAACAUCACUUCUGGCGCAGAUGGUCUAGAGACUAUCUGAAUGAGCUGCAGAUACGCACCAAAUGGACAGAAGAACAUUCUAACAUCACCGAGGGGGUUCUGGUUAUAAUCCAUGAAGACAAUAUGCCUCCACUACGCUGGUUGAUGGGCCGAAUCGUGCAUUGCAUCAGGGGUCCAGAUAAUUUGGUUCGUGUUGUUGAUGUGCAAACCCCAAAAGGAGUAAUACGCCGUCCAAUCCACAAACUCGCACUAUUACCAAUUGAAAAUCCUUUCAAGGGGGGCGGGAU